AUGUAUUUCGUAAGGAGUUAUAGUCAUAUAUUUACCCUUAUCGAAUAUUCUCUGUGGAAAGGAUUACUUGCUCAAUUUGUGAACUUACAAAGAACGUUCAACUGGAACUUCGCUGAUGUUUUUGUUAUGUUAAUAAGUAUGGCUUUUAAAUUUAGAUUGAAGCAGAUGACUAACAGAGUCAAAGCUCUGUCCCGUAUACAGGUCAUGGAUGUUAACUUAUUUAGAUCUGUAAGGAGAGAUUAUGAAAAACUGUCGGAUCUUUGUAGUACGAUUAACAAAAGGAUUUCCUUGAUAGUCAUUGUAUGUUUCUCUCUAAAUAUGUUUUUUAUUUUGUUGCAACUAUUCAACAGUUUAAAAAAAAUUGACAACACUACUGAAAAAGUGUACUUCUACAUGUCUUUUGGAUUGAUUCUGUUGCGCGCUACGUGCCUGUGCAUUUUGGGAGGCGAAAUGUAUGAAGAAUGGAAAAAUAUUGCAAUCUAUUUGUUCUCUAUUCAGUCAUCCGCUUAUAAUAUGGAGGCCGAACGAUUUAUUACGGAGGUUAUUUCAAAUAAAUUAGUUCUUUCAGGAAAGAACUUCUUCCAUGUCACAAGAAAUCUAAUUCUACAGAUUGCUGGAGCCACUGUAACGUAUGAGUUAGUAUUAAUACAAUUUUAUUCUGAAGCUUUACUGCAAGUAAAUUACUAA